AUGAUUGGUGGUACUCUAACAACAUCAUCUUCUUCUGGAAAUAGCAUGGAGAAUAUUACAAGCUUAUCUCCUACAAAUAUUGGCCUAAUUGUCGAGACUACAACUUGGUCAAGAGAUUCUCAUGAAUUAUUUGAUUAUGAAGCUCAUCAUAUUAAUAAUAGGAGAUUUUUAGUAAGUAGAAAUAGCAAAAUAUUCAGGCAUAAUACUGAUUGUAUAAUUGUUGGAGAUGAUGAUGAGUUACCAUUACAAGGAGAUUAUUUGUUGUCUAUAAAAAUUUCUGGAGAUGGGAAAUAUAUUGCAUUUCCUGCCGAUAGAAGUCUAGGAACUAAUAAUAAUGGUGAAAGACAGUUAGUUCCAAAAAAAGUUUGGUUAAUUGUACGUGAUUUACCUAGUAAAUGUUAUACUUUACAACAAAAUGACUUGGUUAAACUAGGGAGAUUUAAAUUAAGAGUUAAGCAAUUAGUUAGAACUGGAGAACAAAUUCCAGAAUUACGUUUGGAUGAAACUGAAGCAAGUAUUAUAGAACCUAGUGGAGAAGAAUCUUUAACAAUGCAAUGUAGAAUAUGUUUAACAGAAGGUGAACAAGAGGAUGAUCCUCUAUUAUGCCCUUGCCAAUGUAGAGGAUCAAUAAAAUUCGUUCAUUUAGAAUGUCUACGCCAUUGGAUAAAUGGCAGAUUAAAUUUAGCUAAUGAAAAUAACUCUAGAGAUACAUUCUUUUUUAGACAGCUUCAAUGUGAAUUGUGCAAAAGUCCAUUACCUUCUUCUGCAUCUAUUAAAGGAUAUAGGGUGAAUAUUGUCAAAGUACCUUAUACAAAACCUCCUUUUAUUGUGUUGGAAAAUCUUUAUGGUAAUGCUCAUCGUGGAGUACAUGUUAUCAGUAUGGCUGAAAAAAAAGACUUGAAAUUAGGACGAGGUCAUGAAUCAGAUGUACGUAUUUCAGAUGUUAGUAUUUCACGAUAUCAUGCAACUAUAAGAUAUACAAAUGAAAAUUUUAUACUAGAAGAUCAUGGUUCAAAAUUUGGAACAUUAGUAUCUAUACGAAAGGCUCAAACUAUUGAAAAUAAUCGCAAUUUAUCACUUCAAGUUGGUAGAACUGUGGUGAAUCUAAGACUUUCAGAAGAGCCUUGUUCUCCUAAUAAUGGUAUAAAAGAGCUUCCUGUUGAUCCCCCAAAUAUACCAGAUCCUAAUACAGGUACUAAUCCUGAACAAAUCAAUAGAAAUGAGAAUUAUAAUGAAGUUUCCAAUUAUAAUGUAAAUUUAAAUGAUUCAAUUAUAACCUCUGUAAAUAGUUAUGUGAUAGACUCUCAAAAUCCACAUUCUGAAAUUGUACAAGAUAUUUCAUCACAAGAUAGACCUAGAAACACUACAUUUACAUCCAUAAUUACUGAUAAUCAAAUCGAAUCAAUAAAUAGACUUACAAACAGGCUAACAGAUAUAUCUUCAAUACAAAUUCAAUCUAUUCAACAGAUUGAUUCUAUUAAUUUUUCAACAUCUCAACUAUCUUCUAAUACAAACAAUUAUCAAGGUGUCCUUCCUCAUCUCUAUGCACGCUUAAAUGGACUAGCAUCUAAUAGCAAUGAACAAUAUGAGGGGAAUAGUAACUCAGUAAACUUUAGUAUUAUUGAAUAA